GUUCUUAUUUCUAAUCUGGUCCCCACCCCCGCUCCCUGUCACCCAGAAAUGAUUUACUUCCAUGUCUUGUUUGGCCAGUGUUACCUAACCCAUUGUCCUGUCAUGAUGAUGCAUUGGCCUGAUCUGUUAAUAUUAUUAAAAGCUUAUGUAUGCCUUUUGAAUAUUUUCUUGAAAUUAGCUGGGCUUUCUAGAGGUUUCUCCCUAAGGAGAUCAGGGAUUGACUCUGCCUAGUGCACUUUCAGUCAUUUGGCUGAUUCAUCAUCACCUCAGGUCACGUUUUUGGAUCCUUUCUCUGCUUGACCAUUGAGUGUGACCAUCAGUGCCGCACCCUCUUUCCACCUGGCUAUUUUUGUCACUCCCUGUACUCCUCAGUCCUUAUUUUGGGACAUGUCCAUGCUUUUCUAGGAGUGUUUGGCUUGCCCAGAGUUCCGGGUAUCUAUUCAUUUUUGUAGCAUACAUGUAGUAUAUACAGUAUAGAAACAGGUAUGUACUUGUGCUCCAUAGACAGUCACAGAAAAAAGCCAUAUUUUAAUAACACUUUCCAGCUUGUUGGAAUCAGUACAGAUAAUCAUGCAUGCCUUAUUUAUCUCUAUAUUACAACUGCCUUUUUGUGUACUGUAUACCAUUCGCUUUCGAGUAUUGUUUUCGAGCUGGCCUUACAGACUUCACCAAGAUGCGCGUCUCCUUUUCUGAUGGGCCAGACUGACUCAGCUUGGUCACCCUUUGUCCUUGGAGCACUGUCCCUGACAUUCCUUGCAAUAUCCUUGCUUUGUGAUCACAACAAGCUGUUCCUGUCCUACCCUGAUUGCUCCUGCUUUAUGACAUAGAAUCAGCCACCCUCCACAGGUUUUCAUAAGGAUUUUUCUGGUUUAAAUAGGUGAGGGCUCUGGAUUCUGCUCUUCUUACUGCAUUAAGUUUAUCUGACCGUUAAGACCCUACUUUACUGACAACAGCAAACUGAAGAUAAGUGUGCCUCCCCUCUGGGUAAGGGUACUGCUCCUGCCGCAGACUUGGGAGCUGCUGUCCCAGCGGUCAUUUUCAAUUGCAGUCGCGACGCCAAAAUAGCACAUUGGGGACUUGCAUAUCUGACAGUGGCUGUGGCACACCCACUCCGGCUGGCAGCUGUUCUGAAUACCCUGCCUGCUCUGUGAAGAAAGCCCCUCUGCCGCUCUCCUGCAAGGUCAGGUGCUGCCUUGGUCGCCAGGCUGCCUCCCAACUGCUUCCUGGGGCAUUACUGUAUAACUUCCCUGCCUUAAACCCCCUUCCCUUAGGGCCCUUUUCCUGUUAAGACCCUGCUGGUUGCCUUUUGAUUGCAUCCCUGACGGAGAACAUAUCUGCAUUUAUAAGUAAGUUUCCUAGAGAUAGUUCCUUAACCCAAGGGCCAGGCUGUAACCCUGUGCUCUCAGGAGGGACACCCGGAGAUGGCAGCACUUGGGAUAAGGUGAGCAGGGCAGUUGCACCUUCCGAAUCUUCCAGGUCAGCCCUGGUUCAUACUUCUCUUCACACUUGGAACCAUCUCCUCUUCUCAUUCUGGGCCGGGUUAGUGCUGUGGCUGGCUGUCUGUCCUCCUGAAUCCCAGGCUCUGAGGCUGUGCACUGUGUCUCUACCCAGCACGUUUAUAUCUAUUCAAACUAGGAAUAGCACCCCAGAUCCAGGAUUUGUUGGGCAAAGUGGACUUCACAGAGGAGGAAAUCAGUAAUAUGAGAAAGGAACUGGAGAAAUAUGGGAUACAGAUGCCAUCUUUCAGCAAAAUCGGGGGCAUCCUGGCCAAUGAACUGUCCGUGGAUGAAGCUGCAUUGCAUGCCGCUGUUAUAGCCAUUAACGAAGCCAUUGAAAAGGGAGCGGCGGAGCAGACCAUUCUAACACUAAGAAACCCAAAUGCUGUUUUAACUUUAGUGGACGAGAAGCUUGCACAGGAAUAUCAGAAGGAACUCUGGGAAGCCAAAAAGGGAAAAGAGGAAAAUGCAAAACUGAAGAAUAACUGUAUUUCAGAAGAAGAAAGAGAUGCAUACGAAGAACUGCUGACACAAGCAGAAAUCCAAGGCAAUAUCAACAAAGUCAACAGGCUGGCCGCAGUGGACCACAUCAAUGCUGCCAUUCGGGAGGGCGACCCCGAGAAUACGCUGCUCGCACUGAGGAGACCGGAGGCCCAGCUGCCUGCUGUGUAUCCCUUCGCUGCUGCGAUGUAUCAGAACGAACUGUUCAACCUGCAGAGACAGAACCCCCUGAACGCCUUGGCCCACGAGGAGCUCUUGGUUGCGGUGGAGAUGCUGUCUGCUGUUGCCUUGCUAAACCAGGCCUUGGACAGCAACGACCUCGUGUCUGUGCAGAAUCAACUCAGAAGCCCAGCAAUAGGCUUCAACAAUCUGGACGAGACGUAUGUGGAACGGUACGCAGAUGAACUAUUCUCCACUAAACUGGAGGUUUUGUCCCAAGGGCAAGAGACCUUAAGCUGGAAUGAAAUCCAGAAUUGUAUUGAUAUGGUUAAUAUUCAAAUUCAAGAAGAGCAAGACCGAAUUGUGGCUGUGGGGUGCAUCAAUGACGCUAUUGACGAAGGGGAUCCUUUAAAGACACUAGAAAGUCUGCAGUUACCUACAGCUAAGAUUAAAAAUGUGGACCCAGACUAUGCCCAGCACUACCAGGAUGUUUUAUACCAUGCGAAAUCACAGAAACUGAUGGACCCUGCUUCUAAAAUCCUUUGGCUGGAUGAGAUUCAGCAAGCCGUCUAUGAGGCCAACAUGGACAAGGACAAAGCAAAGCAGUGGGUUACACUGGUCGUUGAUGUUAAUCAGUGUUUGGAGAAAGAAAAGACAAGUGAUAUUUUGUCUGUCUUGAAGUCUUCCGUUAAUAAUGUAAAUGAUGUCAUCCCCGAAUGUGCUGACAAGUACUAUGAUGCCCUUGCGAAGGCAAAGGAGGAAAAAUCUAGACGUGUGUCUUCUGAAGGUCCUUGGCUCCACCUCACACUGCGGGAGAAAUAUGAUUACUACUACAAUGUCAAUUCAGAAGAGAGUUCCUGGGUCACACCUGAAUCUUGCCUGCCUAAAGAAUCAUGGCUCAUGGAAAAAGAAAUUGAGGACAUUGUUGAGGAAGUCACGGCAGGUUACAUUCGGGAGAAGUUGUGGUCUGCUUCCCCAGAGUUGUGUCUUCGCUUUCAAGCCACAAGCUCAGGACCCCUCCUUAGGGAAGAACACGAAGCUAGGAAAUCAUUUUUGUAUGGACAGGAAGAGCAUGUGGUCAAAAUACAGGCUUUUUGGAAGGGACAUAAACAACGGAUGUUAUAUACCAGCAGGCGGCAAACAUUCAAUGACCAUAUUCCCUCCAUUGUGAAGAUUCAGUCAUGGUUCCGGAUGAUCACAGCUCGGAGGAACCACCUUUCACGGCUGCAGUAUUUCAGAGACCAUAAAAAUGAAAUCGUGAAAAUACAGUCACUAUUGAGAGCAAGCAAAGCUAGAGAUGACUACAAAACAUUGGUUGGCUCUGAAAACCCACCAUUGUCAGUAAUCCGCAAAUUUGUGUACCUGUUGGACCAAAGUGACUUGGAUUUCCAGGAGGAGCUGGCCGUCGCACAGUUAAGAGGAGAAGUGGUGACCAAGAUCAGGGGCAAUCAACAGCUGGAGAAGGACCUGAACCUGAUGGACAUCAAGAUUGGGCUCCUGGUGAAGAACAGGAUCACACUCGAGGAUGUGAUUUCACACAGAACGAAGCUGAAUAAGAAAAAAGGUGGAGAAAUGCAAGUGCUGAAUAACACUGACAACCAGGGCAUCAAAAGUUUGAGUAAGGAGAGGAGAAAAACACUAGAAACAUAUCAGCAGCUGUUUUAUCUUUUACAGACCAAUCCUUCGUACCUGGCUAAGCUGAUUUUCCAGAUGCCACAGAACAAGUCCACUAAGUUUAUGGACACUGUUAUUUUCACACUGUACAAUUACGCUUCCAACCAGCGGGAAGAGUACCUACUCCUCAAGCUUUUCAAGACCGCCCUGGAGGAAGAGGUCAAAUCAAAGGUGGACCAGGUACAGGACAUCAUUACUGGGAACCCUACAGUCAUCAAGAUGGUCGUCAGCUUCAACAGAGGUGCCCGUGGACAGAACACGCUGCGCCAGCUCCUGGCUCCGGUGGUGAAAGAGAUCAUUGAUUACAAGUCCCUGGUCAUCAACACGAACCCUGUAGAGGUAUACAAGUCUUGGGUGAACCAACUAGAAACACAGACUGGAGAAGCCAGCAAUCUGCCUUAUGAUGUGACCCCAGAACAAGCUCUGACGUACCCAGAAGUGAAAAGUAGACUGGAGGCAUCCAGCGAGAGCCUGCGGAGGGUCACCGACCAAGUCCUGAAUUCCAUCAUCUCCUCCCUUGAUCUGCUGCCUUAUGGAUUGAGGUAUAUAGCCAAAGUACUGAAGAAUUCGAUCCAUGAGAAAUUUCCCGAUGCAACAGAAGAUGAGCUAUUAAAGAUUGUGGGCAACCUCCUGUACUACCGGUACAUGAACCCAGCUAUCGUAGCUCCCGACGGCUUUGAUAUCAUCGACAUGACAGCCGGCGGGCAGAUAAACUCCGACCAGAGGAGAAACCUGGGAACGGUGGCCAAGGUCCUUCAGCACGCGGCCUCCAACAAGCUGUUUGAAGGAGAAAACGAGCAUCUCGCAUCUAUAAACCAUUAUUUAUCAGACACGUACCAGAAGUUCAGGAAGUAUUUCAAAGAAGCGUGUGAUGUCCCUGAACCAGAAGAAAAGUUUAAUAUGGAUAAAUACACAGAUGUGGUGACAGUCAGCAAACCAGUCAUUUAUAUUUCCAUUGAAGAAAUUAUCAACACACAUUCACUCCUGUUGGAACACCAGGAUGCAAUUGCACCUGAAAAAAAUGACUUACUGAAUGAACUGUUGGAAUUGCUGGGAGAAGUACCCACUGUGGAAUCUUUCCUUGGGGAAGGAGCCGUUGACCCCAGUGACCCUAACAAGGCAAAUACACUAAGUCAGCUAGCAAAGACUGAGAUUUCCCUUUCCUUGACGAGCAAGUACGACUUGGGGGAUGGUGAAGGUGUAGAUGGCCAAAGCCUCAUGAUAAAGACCAAAAAACUGAUAAUCGAUGUGAUCCGGAACCAACCAGGCAAUACACUGACAGAAAUCUUAGAGACACCAGCAACUGAACAACAGGAAGCGGCUCAUGCCGCCGACGUGGAGAGCCGCGCAGGUCCAGCCCCCAGGGCUCCGGAGGAGAUGGAGGGUGGCCAGUCUGUGAUGGAAGAUGCACAGCUGCCCCUGGAGCAGAAGAAGAGGAAAAUCCAGAGGAACCUUCGGACACUGGAACAGAUGGGACACGUGUCUUCCAAAAAUAAAUACCAAGAGAUUCUCAGUGAGAUCGCCAAGGAUAUUCGAAAUCAGAGAAUCUAUCGUAAGCUUCGAAAAGCCGAACUGGCAAAACUCCAGCAGACCUUGAAAGCGCUUAAUGAGAAGGCAGCAUUUUAUGAAGAGCAAAUUAAUUAUUAUGACACCUACAUAAAGACUUGCUUAGACAACUUAAAAAUAAAAAAUUCUCGGAGAUCAAUCAAAAUAGACGACAAAGGAGAAGCCAAGGGGAUGAAGAGAGGGAAGCCGGUGAAGUACACGGCCGCGAAGCUGCAUGAGAAGGGUGUGCUGCUGGGCAUCGACGACCUGCAGACCAACCAGUUUAAAAAUGUUACAUUUGAUAUCUUGUCUACGGAAGAUGUGGGCAUCUUCGAUGUCAAGUCCAAAUUCCUGGGUGUGGAGAUGGAAAAGGUGCAGCUCAAUAUUCAGGAUUUACUUGAGAUGCAGUAUGAAGGAGUAGCUGUAAUGAAAAUGUUUGAUAAGGUUAAAGUGAAUGUAAACCUUCUCAUAUACCUGCUGAACAAGAAAUUCUACGGAAAGUGAAGCACCUGCGAAAUUUCGUGGAUUCUGUAUCACCUGGAUUGGGAAAUGAAUCUGUUUCAUAUUUUUGUUUUUAAACAUGAUUGAAAUCACUGCUCAUAAACGUGUGAUUUUUUUUUAAAAAAAGACCAAAACUGUUCUGAAGAAUGUACCCAUUGUGCCUUCUUGAUAAUUUGACGCUAUGGUAGAAUGACACACAAAAUGAACUGAUGUAAACACUUCCACAGUGUACUGUGGCAUAGGUACUCCGAUUUAAAACUUUGAACAUUCUGUGAUUUGUCUUAUAGUAGGGAGAAGAUGAAUUUAGCUGACUAGGGACAAACGUGCAAACCUAUUUUCUUAUGAAAAAAAUUUAAAGUGUCCCUUUUGAAUAAUGUAAUUCUUCACAGAUUUUUUUUUUAGUCUGUGGAGAAAUGGAAACCUAAUUAUUUGUAAUGAAUUAUUUAGAGAGAUACUUAGUUCUAAGCCCUGUCUUCUGGGAGUUAUCAGUUUUAAAGAGAACUUUUGUGCAAUUUUAAAUGAAGUUUUUAUAAGUAAUCGAAAGUGAUAAUACAAUAACACUUUCUGUAUAAAAGUAUAUAUUUUAUGUGAUUUAUUCCUACUAAAUGAAAUGCACUUGUGCCUCAUGGUAAAGACUCUUGCACCGAGAGCCUGUAAGUGAUUAAGGAACCACGUGAACAGUGCUCUUAGGCCCCCACCUCCACUCCUCACAAUAUAUUUGAAUAGUUCAGUUGUACCUCUCAAUUUUUGUAAUGCAAUAAAAUCAGUAUCUAGAUGGUUUUUAAGUGUAUUCUUUGAAAAUUGUUUCAUGUAAAAUAAAUGUUACUGAAUUACAUUAA